CGUUUCAGACAUACCGGAAGAAACUGUUUCCGGGAGCCGGGGUGGUGAUUUCCGGCUUGCUGAAGAAAGUUGAGCAGGAGCGCUCUGCAGGUUCUUGGAUUCUGAAAAAUGGACAGCCAGGGCAGGAAAGUGGUGGUUUGUGACAAUGGAACCGGGUUUGUGAAGUGCGGUUAUGCUGGCUCCAAUUUUCCAGAGCACAUCUUUCCAGCGCUAGUGGGCAGGCCGAUCAUCAGGUCUACUGCCAAAGUGGGAAACAUCGAAAUCAAGGAUCUUAUGGUGGGAGAUGAGGCAAGUGAGCUACGCUCCAUGCUGGAAGUGAACUACCCCAUGGAGAAUGGGAUAGUCAGGAACUGGGACGACAUGAAGCACUUGUGGGACUACACGUUCGGUCCCGAGAAACUCAACAUCGACUCCAGGAACUGCAAGAUCCUUUUGACAGAGCCCCCAAUGAACCCCAUGAAGAACAGGGAGAAGAUCAUAGAGGUAAUGUUUGAAACAUACCAGUUUUCUGGGGUCUAUAUAGCUAUUCAGGCUGUACUUACGCUAUAUGCUCAAGGCUUGCUGACAGGAGUGGUUGUCGACUCUGGAGAUGGUGUAACCCACAUCUGCCCUGUCUAUGAGGGGUUCUCACUGCCUCACCUGACUAGGAGACUAGACAUUGCUGGAAGGGACAUAACCCGCUACCUCAUCAAGUUGCUUUUGCUGAGAGGAUACGCCUUCAACCACUCGGCUGAUUUUGAGACGGUUCGCAUGAUGAAAGAAAAGCUGUGUUACGUCGGCUAUAACAUUGAGCAGGAACAGAAACUAGCCUUGGAGACCACCGUGCUUGUAGAGUCUUACACGCUCCCAGACGGCAGGGUAAUAAAAGUCGGAGGAGAGCGUUUCGAAGCUCCUGAAGCUUUGUUCCAGCCUCACCUCAUCAAUGUGGAAGGGGUUGGAGUGGCUGAAUUACUCUUCAAUACUAUCCAUGCAGCUGAUAUUGAUACCAGGGCUGAGUUCUACAAGCACAUUGUUCUGUCCGGAGGCUCCACUAUGUACCCCGGGCUGCCCUCGAGACUUGAGCGGGAGCUGAAACAGCUCUACCUGGAGCGUGUUCUGAAGGGAGACGUGGAGAAGCUCUCAAAAUUCAAGAUUCGCAUUGAGGACCCUCCUCGCCGUAAGCACAUGGUGUUCCUGGGUGGGGCAGUGCUGGCUGACAUCAUGAAAGACAAGGACAACUUCUGGAUGACUCGACAGGAGUAUGAGGAGAAAGGCAUGCGCGUGCUUGAGAAGCUGGGAGUAACUGUUAGAUAAGCUUGGACACUUGUUAACCAUCGUUUCCCUAUGGCUUUCUUACUCUUAUCGUUUUCUGCUACCUUUCCAAGUCAUUCAUCCAUCUUACUUGGAAAGGCCUGUCUGUGCCCACAGGGAGGGGUGGGGAGGGGGAUGUGUCGGUUUCUUGGGAGAGCUUUUGUUAAAUGUAUGUUAUUGCCAGUUUAAUUUGAUUAUUGCCCUGUAAACAAAACCACAGAAGCAAAGGACCUGUCUUUUACAUUGUUGUAGUCCUGUAGGCAUUCUGAUAACUCCUGUGGUCUCUCUUUAUUAUUUGCAUUUAUAGCAACAGGCUUGCUAGCUUUCUUUAACACACCAAGUGGUAUAUGGCUUUCUGAGUCCAAGAAGCUUGGGUAAAUAUAAAAGAUGUUUUUUUUAUUUAUCACCCCAAUUAUAUUGCAGUGGUCAGUGGGGUGGGGUGGGGGGGGGGGGGGGGUUCAAAACAUGUUUUUAUUUUAUUUUUCAUACUCUUACUUUUUAAUUUUGCUGUGCAGCACCAUUUUCUUGAGUAGAAUGCAAGAAUGUUUCAUCAAGUAAUGUACAAUCACAACCAUGCACAAAGCUUCAGUAUACAUUGUUCUGUUUAAAAGGGACUGGGUUCUGUGGAAUAAAUGUAUUUAAAUUAGUAAAAAAAAAAAUUAAAAAAAGCGCAGGGGGAUGUUUGUAAUAUUAAUACAAAUAAAAUCAGUGUCUAUGUGACACAGACAUUGUAAAAGCUGGUAUUUAAGUUUCUGUUUGGUGCUCAUGUGUAUAUCAGAGGCUCUUCAUACUCAAUUUUGCAUAACCGUUUUUAUCCAAUGCCAAGCGCAGUUAUUAAACUGGAUUUUGUUUUUCAUCGCGUAACUGCCUAAUGCUGAUUUAAAUAAAGCAAACUGAUUUAUAAAUAUUUUUUUGCUAUUGAAA